AUGUACAAAACAUUUUCCGCUGAUUUGGAAAGGAAGUUCGACGAGGCCUACCGCAAGGCCAAUCUCGCUUGCAGCAAGGCCGAGCUGCUUGCACGUAACAACAGACCGAACAAGCAUGGUUCUCUGAGGAGGCCCAAGAAUGCGUUUUUUAUCUAUGCCAAAGAGUAUAGAAAACGCAUCGAGGUUGGGUUAUACAACUCAACCACGACUCAGUCGCGAGAAAUUGUCCGAAAUGCUGGGCAGGCCUGGAGAAGAUUGAGCGAAGAUGAAAAGCUCGUCUACCGUCUGGCGGCUAACGUGGUGGAAAAGAAAUUUUACGAGGACAAUCCGGGCUAUGUUUAUAGGCCAAAAAAGAGCGAUCAGUCGCUCAAAAUAAUAGCCUACCAACCCACCACGGAGGCGGAUGUGCCUCAAGACCAAGGGGAGUUUGCCGAGGUCUUUGAAAGUCUUUUGGAUCUAGACAUUAGAAACAUUAGCGACCCGGCAGACGCGAUAUAUUCCAUGACCGUUUGGAAUGGUUUUUCGUGGAAUGGGCCAUAA